CUGUGCAGCUCUAGAGUGCAGAGAAGCAGAAGACAAAGAAACAAAAUGUUCUCUGCAAAAGUUGUGCCCGUUUAAAAGCCAGAAAAGUUCGUGAUCUGCACUUUUUGCAUCGCCAGUGCAUGUGCACCGUGUCUGUAUGUGGAUUUGGUCUAAAAAUACGAGAGGAUGAAAAUAAACUGCAGGCGAAACACCUUGAGUUGAGUGCAACGGCUGCGAGUGUGUGCGUGCGUUCGCGUGUCCGUGUGAGUUCGCAGUGCGUAAGAGCGAGCGAGUGUGUGUGCGCUCGUGUGCGUGUGUGUAUACAUGUGGGAUAAACGAAAAUAAAACAAGGGACCGCUCCCCGCCGAUUUUCCGCCACCCCGCAAAGUUCAUCCGCCCGAGAAUCGGGGGAACUGCAUCUCGCACUGAAAAUCGGUUCACAAUCCACUAUCGCCCGCCCGUCGUCCUUCAUCCACCUUCCGAGGAAAACAACAACAGCAACCACCAGCGCCCUUGCAACAACAACUGUUACAAAAGAGCAAAAGAGAGAAGAAACACCCCGCACACUCGCACACUUCCAGUCAGACACACACACACUGAGUCCUGUUGUCCUCGCCAGAAGUUCGAAUUUCAAUCCCAAAAUCACAAUCGUAAUUGUAAUCCGCCAAAAUGGACUCCGAUAUCGAAAUGGAUCUGGAAUCGGACAACGACGGGGAGUACGAUGAUGACUACGACUACUAUAAUACAGGCGAGGACUGCGAUGUUGAACGCCUGGAUCCGAAGCGCGCCGACCCCGAGUACUUCGAGUUCGACUGCCUCACCGUCGAGGACAUCGAGAAGCUGCUGAACGAGCGCGUGGAGAAGCUGAACACCAUCCUGCAGAUCACGCCCUCGCUGGCCAAGGUGCUGCUGCUGGAGCACCAGUGGAACAACGUGGCCGUGGUGGAGAAGUACCGCCAGGACGCGAACGCGCUGCUGGUGACGGCGCGCAUCAAGCCGCCGACGGUCGCGGUGGCGGAUACCGCUUCCACGAGUGCAGCGGCGGCCAGUGCCCAGCUGCUGCGACUGGGGAGCAGUGGAUACAAGACGACGGCGUCGACGGCGCCGCAGUAUCGCAGCCAGAUGUGCCCCGUGUGCGCCAGCUCGCAGCUGGGCGACAAGUUCUACAGCCUGGCCUGCGGGCACUCGUUCUGCAAGGACUGCUGGACCAUCUACUUCGAGACGCAGAUCUUCCAGGGCAUCUCCACGCAAAUUGGCUGCAUGGCGCAGCAGUGCAAUGUGCGGGUGCCGGAGGACUUGGUGCUAACACUCGUGACGCGGCCUGUGAUGCGGGACAAGUACCAGCAGUUCGCGUUCAAGGACUACGUGAAAUCACAUCCGGAGCUGCGCUUCUGCCCCGGACCCAACUGCCAGAUAAUUGUGCAAUCAUCGGAGAUCUCCGCCAAACGUGCCAUCUGCAAGGCUUGCCACACGGGCUUCUGCUUCCGGUGCGGCAUGGACUACCACGCGCCCACCGACUGCCAGGUGAUCAAGAAGUGGCUGACCAAGUGCGCCGACGACAGCGAAACGGCCAACUACAUCAGCGCCCACACCAAAGACUGCCCCAAGUGUCACAUCUGCAUCGAGAAGAAUGGCGGCUGCAACCACAUGCAGUGCUUCAACUGCAAGCACGAUUUCUGCUGGAUGUGCCUGGGCGAUUGGAAGACGCACGGCUCCGAGUACUACGAGUGCUCCCGCUACAAGGACAACCCCAACAUUGCCAACGAGUCGGUGCACGUGCAGGCGCGCGAGGCGCUCAAAAAGUACCUGCACUACUACGAGCGCUGGGAGAACCACUCCAAGUCGCUGAAGCUCGAACAGCAGACGAUCGACCGGCUGCGCCAGCGCAUCAACUCGAAGGUGAUGAACGGCAGCGGCACCUGGAUCGACUGGCAGUAUCUGUUCAAUGCGGCGGCGCUGCUGGCCAAGUGCCGGUACACCCUGCAGUACACCUAUCCGUACGCCUACUACAUGGAGGCGGGUUCGCGGAAGAAUCUCUUCGAGUACCAGCAGGCGCAACUGGAGGCCGAGAUCGAGAAUCUGUCGUGGAAGAUCGAGCGAGCGGAGACAACGGACCUGGGUGAUCUCGAGAAUCAAAUGGACAUCGCUGAGAAGCGUCGCACCACCCUACUCAAAGACUUCUUCCCAGUGGACGCAUAGGCAAAUGACAAGCUUCCAUGGUCACCAGAGGAGCGGCUUGUCCCGUUUAGCACAAA